AUGUGGGGCUCUCGUCCGAGGUAUCGCCGUAACGUGAAGGCAUUGCUGGAUCGCAGUGCUCGGUUUCUCAGCAGUCUUCUGCACGGCGUGCCAAAUGCUUCUUUUUCACUCCGCCUCAAUGCUCCCUCUCUUUGGGGCAAAAGUGAAUGCACUCCGGAAGAAUGGCAACGGUGUCUCGGAGAAUUGCUUUGCCGUGGUGCUGCCGCGAACUGUUUGCUCGACACGAAGUCUCACGUGGCGGAGGUUCAUGCGUCGCUGGUGGCCGCAUUUCUCCCCAAACCCCAUUGGAAUAACUCUAUCACGCACAGCAUGGACAUUAUUUCACUCUCCUCGCUUGAAAAGGAAGUUUCGGACACUGUGGCGGCCCUCUUGCACCUACCGGCACGUUUCUUGUGGGUCCGACGUGCGGAGGCGGUCA